AUUGUGUACGUUGGCUCAAUAUCCAGCAGUUCAGUUGUUCAAACGUUUAUUAAAAGAUUAUUAUAUUGUAUUAUUAAGAUUAUUUAUUGUUUCUGCAUGAAUUUUAAUUUUUAAAAAAACGAAAUGGAAACUGGUGUGUUCACGGCUCGCUAGCUCAUCUGCUAGGCGGCUAAUCGCGUUGCUUCAGUUCAAUAUGAAGUAUUAUUAUUCAUAUAUUAUUAUUACUUUUACAUUAUUUAGUUAUUAUGAGUUACAUGAAGUUAUUGAAACAGUGUACGGUGUGAUUUUUUUUGUUUGUUUUAACAGUGGUGUAUUGAAUAAGGAGUCAGCUAAUCGGCUAGGUGGCUAAUGAUAUUAGCUGUGCUCCGGUCUGUCUGCUGAACUAAGGGUUUUAUUUUUGAUUUCUCCAUCUCUCCCACUCUGUCUCUGUCCUCCUCCUCCUCCUCCUCCACCGCUCUCUCCUGUUCACUCCCUCUCUCCCUUCAACCCUCCUUCCUGAGCCUGAGCGCAGAGCUCCGGGUGUCUGUCCUCCUCACCUGCUCCAUCAUCAUGGACUUGUCUUCUGCAGCGCUCGCUGGAUUUACCGCUCAGGUGGUUCUGGUUCUGUCCACCGUCAGCGGAACCACCGCAGAAGUGUGCGACAGCGCCCUUGUGUCCAACCUGCCUCCCUCAGCUUUCCGAAGCUCCUCCCAGCUGUCCAGCAGCCAUGGUCCCAGCUUCGCCAAACUCAACCGGAGAGAAGGAGCAGGCGGCUGGUCUCCCCUCGCCUCCGACACCCAUCAGUGGUUAGAAGUCGACCUCGGCGGGAGAACAACAAUCACGGCGGUCGCCACUCAGGGACGCUACGGCAGCUCAGAUUGGCUGACGUCAUAUCUGCUGAUGUUCAGCGACACGGGACACAACUGGAGGCAGUACCGACAAGAGGAGACUAGUGGGUCUUUUCCAGGGAACACCAAUGCAGACAGCGUGGUUCAUUACAAACUGCAGCAGCCAGCGGUGGCUCGCUUCCUGCGCCUCCUCCCUCUGGGCUGGAACCCCAAUGGGCGGAUCGGACUACGAAUGGAGACGUACGGGUGUCCCUACAGGUCGGAUGUGAUGAGUUUGGACGGCAGCAGCAGUCUGGUGUACGUCCCUGAAAGGAGACACACGUCAAGAGAAGUCGUCUCCAUGAAGUUUAAAACCCAGUGGAAUUUUGGCACGUUGCUGUUUGCUGAAGGAACAGAGGGCCUGAGCUUGAGUCUGGAGUUGGAGAAAGGGAAGCUCCUGCUGCUGCUCGGACAAGGUCCAACAUCGACCUCCGAACCUCGGCGUCUCGCGUCCCUUGGCAGCCUAUUGGACGACCAGCACUGGCACCUUGUGGCACUGGAGUGGCACGACUCUCUGCUGAACCUCACCGUGGACAAACACACUGAGAGGAUUCUGAUCGCGGCAGAGAUAAAUGGCUGGAACACUCAGCAGCUGACAGUUGGAGGGCAGCGCCUGCACAAAUCCAGGAGUUUCGCCGGCUGCCUGGAAAACUUGUUAUACAACGACGUCAACCUGAUUGGACUUGCAAAACGCAGAGACACACAACUGAGUGUGAUGGGCAAUGUGACCUUUUCCUGUUCUGAGACAGUUUCUGUGGCGGCGACGUUUCCGGGCCCCCAGAGUUUCCUCCAGCUGCCCGUGGAAGCAGGGUCAGGUGUGUCUGUAGGCUUCCAGUUCAGGACUUGGAAUGACAAGGGGCUCCUGCUCACCUUCAACCUGCCGGAGGGGCGUGGAGUGGUCUGGCUGACGCUGAGACGGUCCAAGCUUCAGCUGAAGAUCCAGAAGCAGGAGCAGCUGCUGCUGGAGCUCAGCACAGGCUCUGGUCUCAGUGACGGUCAGUGGCACUCCGUCGCGCUGAACUUUGAGAAAAGUCAUUUGAGCAUCUCGGUUGAUGAAGAGGAAGUUGUUCACGCCAGCUUCACAUUUCCUGUCGCCAUUCAAAGCCAAUUUUAUUUUGGAGGGUGUCCGGCUGAAGGUGCAGGAGGAAGAGAGAGUCAUGAAUGUACAAACCCCUCCAGUGUCUACCUGGGCUGCUUGCGUCUCCUCACUGUGGACCACCAGCCGGUGGACCUGGUCGCGGUGCAGCAGAGACUGUUGGGGAACUACAGCCAGCUGCAGGUGGACAUGUGUGGCAUCAUCGACAGAUGUUCCCCUAACCAUUGUGAGCAUGGCGGGGUCUGCAAUCAGACCUGGACCAGCUUCCACUGCAACUGCUCCGAGACCGGCUACAAGGGGGCCACCUGCCACAGCUCUGUUCACCAACAGUCCUGCGAGGCCUACAAGCACCGUGGCAACACGUCGGGACGCUUCCACAUCGAUGUGGAUGGAAGUGGACCGAUCGGCCCUCAGCUGGUGUACUGCAACAUGACAGAGGGAGACACGUGGAUGGUGAUCGAGCACAACAACACGGAGCUGACCAGAGUGCGACCUUCUCUGGGAGGAAAUCAACAUUCCAUCCACUUGGACUACAUGGUGGAGGAGGAGCAGCUGCUGGCAGCCAUUGGCCAAUCGGAGCACUGCGAGCAAGAGCUGUCGUACCACUGCAGGAAGUCCCGCCUCCUCAACACGCCAGAGGGCUCUCCGUUCAGCUGGUGGUUCGGGGGUCCGGGCCUGGGUCACCUCCAGACGUACUGGGGCGGGGCCCAGCCGGGGAGUCAGCAGUGCGCCUGCGGCCUGCAGGGCGACUGCGUGGACAUGCAGCACUACUGCAACUGCGACGCCGACCGUAUGGAGUGGAACCAAGACUCGGGCCUGCUGACUCAGAAAGACAGCCUCCCCGUCAGGUCGCUCCUUCUGGGGGACGUCCGGAGGCCGGGGUCCGAGGCGGCCUACAGGGUGGGGCCGCUGCGUUGUCAUGGAGACAAGAGCUUCUGGAACGCCGCCUUCUUCCACAAAGAGACCUCCUACCUCCACUUCCCCACCUUCCACGCCGAGCUGAGUGCCGACAUCUCCUUCCACUUCAAAACCAACGCCUCCUCCGGUGUGUUCCUGGAAAACCUGGGCAUCAAAGAUUUCAUCCGGAUCGAACUGAGCUCCCCGACCCAGGUCCUCUUCUCCUUGGACGUGGGCGACGGGCCCCUUGAGGUCCGCGUGGACUCCAGCUCCCCGCUGAAUGACGACCGGUGGCACAGAGUCCAGGCCGAGCGGAAUGUGAAAGAGGCGACGCUCCAGGUGGACGACCUCCCGCCGGUGACGCAGCAGGCGCCGGCUGACGGACACUUCCACCUGCAGCUCAACAGCCAGCUCUUCAUCGGGGGAACGGCGUCCCGGCAGAAAGGUUUCCGCGGCUGUAUUCGCUCGCUGCAGCUGAACGGAGCCACCCUGGACCUGGAGGAGCGGGCCAGGAUCACACCCGGGGUCCACCCAGGCUGCCCGGGCCACUGCAGCAGCUACGGCUCCCUCUGCCGCAACCAGGGGCGCUGCAUGGAGCGGGACAGCGGCUUUGAGUGCGACUGCAGCCGCUCAGCCUACGUGGGCGUCUUCUGCCAGACAGAGGUGUCGGCCAGCUUCACGCCACAGACCUCGGUCAGCUACACCUUCAAGGAGCCGUACGAGUUGAUGAGGAACAGCAGCGCUGCACCGUCCUCCAUCUACUCCGACGUGACGCUGCGCGGAGAGAACGUCUCCCUGAGCUUCAGGACCAGCCAGAGUCCAGCUGUGCUGCUCUACGUCAGCUCCUACUACCGAGAAUACCUGGCUCUGCUGGUCAACAAGCACGGGCGACUGGAGGUGAGGUACAAACUGGACGGCAGCAGACAAGCGCAGGUGUUGAGCAGCCGUGCGAAGAACGUGGCGGACGGUCAGCUGCACUCGCUGGUGCUGCACAGACGCGCCGACUCGGCCUCGCUGCAGGUGGAUGACGGCGGCUCAGAAACCUUUAAUCUGACGGCGGCUGCAGGUCUCAGUGCGCUGAAGUGGCUGCUGCUCGGCCGAGUCCCCGACUCCGCCCACCUGGACCCGGACCUGGCCCGGGUUGCCUCCCUGGGUUUCAGCGGCUGUCUGUCGGCCGUCCUCUUCAACCGGGUCAGUCCUCUGAAAGCUGCUCUGCUGCAGCAGGACUCUGGCGCCGUGCAGGUCAGCGGCCCGCUGCUCCGCUCCACCUGCGGUUCUGCUCCGUCCACGCAGACCUCCGGUUCUGAGACGACCCGCCAGGUGUCAGACCCGUCUGGGUCGGCGGCUUCUGGUCAGCCUCUGGUCAACACUGUUCGGACUGACUCGGCUCUGAUUGGAGGAGUCAUCGCCGUGGUCAUCUUCCUGCUGCUGAGCGGCCUUGCCGUCACCGCUCGUGUCCUGUACCGCAGGAAGGAGACGUAUCGCAGCCGCGAGGCCGAGUGCGCGGCGGUGCAGCGCGAGGACAGCCAGGACUUCCACUUCAGCGACGCCCGCGACGCCAGCAGUGAAAACCCCAAGGAGUUUUUCAUGUAACCGCGGGUCGACCUGGCGCUGAGGGAGUAGGAGAACUGUACAUGAGCUUUAGAGACCUGAACUGACCCUCUGCCAAACCCUGCAGGUGAGCACCUGCUGUCGAAGGACGUCACGGCUCCUUCGUCUGUACACAAGUGUGUUGUGUUGUGGUGAGAAUAUUUGAUAAUCAUUUCUAUUUAUUCAUCUCAGAUGUACAUAGUCUACAGCUCAGUUCCACCAAUAAAC